AUGAUCAUGGCGUUCCUCCGUAGAAUGGUUUUUCUGAUUCUGAUCCAGUGCUUUUUCUUGCAGACUGCUUCAGCAAGUUCUUGGCAGACACUGAGUGGGAAACCACCGGUUGUCAUUGCUCGAGGCGGGUUCUCUGGUGUGUUUCCAGAUUCCAGUAAUAGCGCAUAUGAUUUGGCGAAAACGACAACUUCACCAGACAUAACUCUCUGGUGUGAUCUUCAAUUAACAAAGGAUGGUGUUGGAAUCUGCUUCCCAAACAUGAAUCUUGACAACGGUUCUAAUGUCCAGUACAUUUACCCAAAUAACAAAGAAUGGUUUUCUUCUGAUUUCACUUGGAAGCAACUCUCUAAUGUGAGCUGUGUCCAGAAUAUUAACUCAAGACCAGAAAUUUUCGAUGGUUCUUACCCGAUAUGGACUAUUGAAGAAGUAGCAAAUUCAGGAGCUUCAGGUCUCUGGUUAAACAUUCAGAACAGUGCUUUCUAUACACAACACAAUUUGAGUAUGAAAAACUCGGUUGUCUCUCUAUCAAAAAGCAUGAAGUUCAACUUCAUAUCUUCUCCAGAGAUUAGUUUCCUUAAGAGCAUGAAAAACAGUGUCAAGCCGCGUGUGACAAAACUCAUAUUUAGGUUCCUGAAUCAAGACCAGAUAGAUCCCUUCACCAACCAAUCUCACGGCUCUCUUGCCAAGAAUCUAAGUUACAUAAGAACGUUUUCGUCUGGAAUUCUUGUUCCAAAAUCUUACAUUUGGCCCGUAGAUUCUGCUCUUUACCUGCAACCCCACACGUCGCUUGUCACUGAUGCCCAUAAAGAAGGUCUACAAGUUUUUGCCUCGGAGUUUGCCAAUGAUUUCUUGAUUGCAUAUAACUACAGCUAUGAUCCAACAGCUGAGUAUCUAUCUUUCAUUGACAAUGGAAACUUCUCCGUUGAUGGUUUCUUAUCAGACUUCCCGGUAACUCCAUAUCGAGCCAUCAGUUGCUUCUCUCAUUUGGACAAGAAAAAAGCUAAGGAUCACGCUAAUAUAACUAUUAUUUCAAACAACGGAGCGAGUGGAGAUUUCCCCGACUGUACUGACUUGGCGUAUCAGAGAGCUGCGAGGGACGGGGCUGACAUUCUUGAUUGUGAUGUUCAGAUGUCGAAGGACAAGAUCCCUUUUUGCUUGAGCUCCAUAGAUCUUAUGAACAGCACUAAUGUCUUAGAAACAAGCUUUAGAAAUCUGUCAUCAGUAGUCUCAGAGAUUCAGCAGAGAAGUGGAAUGUACACUUUUAGCCUGACCAUGUCUCAGAUUCAAACCUUGAAGCCUGCUAUUUCGAAUCCUUUUAGGGUCAAUGCUUUAUUCAGAAACCCAAGAAACAGAAAUAUUGGAAAGUUUCUUACAUUAUCCGAGUUCUUGCUUCUUCCAAACCGUUACAGCUCUCUCUUAGGCAUCUUGAUAAAAGUAGAGAAUGCAGCGUAUUUAGCGGAACAUCAAGGAAUUAGCGUGGUCGAUGCUGUAUUAGAUGAACUGAAGAAAGCUACUGCUCAAGAAAGCUACGCAAAUGCUACAAGAAUAUUGAUUCAGUCUACUGAUAAGUCUGUUUUGAUGAAGUUCAAGGAGAAGAAGAAGAUGAAUCACGAUGAGCUGGUCUAUAGAGUCGAUGAAGACAUUGGUGAUGUCACAGAUUCUGCAAUCAAAGACAUCAAGGAUUUUGCAGGCUCGAUUGUCAUCAGUAAGAAGUCGGUGUAUCCAAGCAACAGUGGCAAUGCGUUUGUCAGGCUUAGAACCGGGACAGGUAUUGUUUCCAGGCUAAAAUCAAACGGGCUUCGUGUUUUCGUAGAAACAUUUCACAACGAGUUUAUGAGUCAACAGUACGACUUUUUCUCGGAUCCAACCGUGGAAAUAGACUCCUUUGUCCGAGCUAUCGAAAUUGAUGGCAUCAUCACUGACUUCCCAGCAACCACUACAAGAUACAGAAAGAACCAAUGUUACAGCAAAAUGGAUUUGGUUCCAACCGGCGAGCUCAUAACUUUAUCGAAUUCAGUGCAUCUUGGUCCAGCUGAAGCUCCAUAUCCAUCACUAGUUGAGUCAGAUGUCAUAGAGCCACCAUUGCCUGAAGUAAGAAGUCUGCCUCCCGCUUCUACCAACCCACCAAAAGCAGAGGCAGAAGCAAUAGAAGUUCCCUUUGAGGUUAUAAUCAUGUCGAUUCUUGUGAGCUUAUUUAUCUUAGUUUAG